AUGUCCUCCCCAUAUGCCCAGGGUCUCGACCUUUUGGCUCGGGUACAGGAACAAGUCAAAGACAUCAAGCACGAUGCCAUCGAGCGUCGUGUCACUGUGCAGAGAUGGUACACUCUCGGACAGACUUGGAAUCUUCUCCGGAUGACUUUGAUAGCGACCGGCGAAGCAGCAGACGAUGCGGUAGCCGCGAGCCACCAGCAACGCGCACGCUACCGAACUUACGCACAUAGGUACAUCCGUGGGGGCGAGUUUCGCAUCAGACAUGCUAAUGCCUGCCUCGGCCAUUUCAGGUACGUUACCGUACUCUCGAACCAUGCCCGGGCUGUGAGGCAGCACCAUGAAUCGGAGCUUCUCUCUUUGGGCAAUCUCCAAGAGCACUACAAAACGGCUCUGGGCCCUGAAGCUCAUGUGGUCCACACCAACCAGACAUUCCUUAAUACCCUCGACCGCAACAUCGAGGCGAUCAAGCGGCGUCAAGGACUGGAGAUGGUUUACAUACGCUGGGUUCAGUUGAGAGCGAGCGCUGACCUCACGCAGCAAGCCGAAAACUUCCAUUCCGUGUGCAGUAGACUCAAUGUCCGGAAGAGGCGAGCUGACGAAGCUUGUAGGCGGGCGAAUCAUCUCCAAAGGCAGGUGUUUCAACGCGUCAAGCAGUAUGAACACCUCGAAAUGGAAGUUCGGAACGUACGGGAGGCGAUACAGGCUCUGUGA